GCAUAGUGAUACGGAAACCAAAUCACCAAUAAAAUGGCUCAAAUUCAAUUGAAUGGAGCCAAUGUGCCAAGCAAUGGAAAUAGUAACAUAGACGAAAAUGAACCCUACCAAAUCAGCGACACCGACUUGGAUGAGCUGGACGAUGAGUGCUUGCUGGAGGAGGCCGAGUUGCCGGGCAGCGCCAACAGCCUGGGACGUGGCCCGUACGAGCGUGCCUGGACCACAGAUGCCACCCGCGCCCUGAUCCACAUACGCGGCCCCAUGGAGGGAAACUUCACGGAGGGCAGGCAGAAGCGAACAGCCCUCUGGCUGCACUGCACACGCCAAUUGCAGCGACUAGGAUUCCGCUACAGUGCCGCCAAAGUGCAGAAGAAGUGGCACAACAUCCUUAUCACGUACAACAAGAAUCUGACCAAGAAGUAUGUGUCUGGCUACGUCCACUGGGAGUUCUUUGAGGAGAUGUUCAAGUACUUGCAAGGCAAGAAGGCCGACAUGUCCCAGCAGUCCAAUCCGGCAACACAGCCACAGCAGCCACAGCAGACGUAUCAGCAGCUGCAGCAGCAACCGCAACCGCAGUUACAAAUGCAACUGCAACAGCCACCAUCAGAGCUGGCAGCAUUCCAGACAAAGCCCGGAACCCCAAAGAUCACGUUGCAAAUGCAGCCGCAGUUGAAGGAGGGACAGCCGUACAUUACGCCGGUGGAUCAGGUGCUGCUGCAGGACCAAAUGAAUAUGGACAGCAAGUCCAACGACGAGUUCGACGAGGACAGCAGCAAUAGUCUCUCCGAGGUCCGUCAACCGAAGCUCGAGUACGAUGCGGAUCAGGCUGCCGAGGCGGAGCGCACCAACGACAGCAGCCAGCAGCUGGAGACGACCAACGGAAAGAUGUUCGAGAUGACACAGCCGCAUGUCCAGCCACUGACGGACGACGUCUGGUGGAGGGACUACUUCGAGCGCAAGCUCGACCUGGAGCGCGAGAAAAUUGACCUGCAGCGGAGCCUGCAGCGGGAGCAGGUGCAGAUCCAGAAGAUGUCCAUGGUGCAGCAGGAGCGUAUCGAGCGGAUGAAGAUCGACGCCAUAAACAGUCUGACGGGCACUCUGCAGAAGCUCGUGGAGGCCAAGUGCCGACGUGCUUAGAUCUUUCUUCCUAUCGUAGUUAUAUCUGUAAUUUUGAUGUGUAGCCUCCUUCUGAGUGUUUCAGGCGUUUCUGGUCAUGUGUAAAUACAAUUUCGGCAAACUAUCAAA